AUGAAGACGUCCACAUUCACCUACGCCAGCCGCUACGACGGCGAGCUCGACGUCAAGCUCGACCUCCACGUCCCCGACUCGGCGUCGGCCUCUUCGUCGGCGCCGCUCCCCGUCGUCGUCUGGUUCCACGGCGGCGGGCUGAUCCAGGGAAGCCGCAACAAGAUGCCCCCACACAUCCAGCGCGCCGUAGACAGGUACGGCAUCGCCGUCGUCUCGCCCGACUACCGCCUCGCCCCGCAGUGCCGCGCUCCCGGCAUCCUCGACGACGUGUCCGACCUGCUCGCCUUCCUCGUCGACAAGCUGCCCGCCAGCCUGCCCAGCUCGGCGCCCAAGCUCGACCUGGACCGCAUUGUCCUCACCGGAUCCAGCGCCGGCGGGUGGCUCGCGCUCCUCCUCGGUCUCGGCAUGUGCCCGCGCACCCGCCCCGAGCUGCUGGCCAGGGUCGACGCCAUCGCCGGCAUCUACCCGAUCACCACCAUGGACCACCCCUUCUUCCUCGAGAAGCGCGUACCCUUUCUGGGGCCGCUCGCCAACCCGCCCUCCGAGUUCGCCGAGUACGUCGAUCCGGACGCCCCAGCCACGGCCAACACGUUCGAGGACCGCAAGCGCAGCAACUUCUACAUGCACGCCCAGCGCGAGGGCAUCUUCCCCGCGCUCCUCUUCACUGACCAGCAGCGCAACGACGAGGGCUGGCUGCAAAAGACCGACGUGCCCGCCUUUGUCCGGUCGUCGAGCGAGGCGCAGCGGAAGGCCUGGCCGGCCAUCUACACGAUCCACGGCGCACCCGACACGGCCGUCGACGUCGACCAGUCGCGCAAGCUCAAGGCGGCCCUCGACGCCGUCGGCGUGCCGUCGACCUACGACGAGGUCCCGGACAAGGAGCACCUCUGGGACGAGUUCGAGCCGCAAGACGACAUGCCGGCAUUCUGGAACUUUGUCACGGGCCGUUUCUCGGGCGCACCUUCCAAGAUCUAG